UAAAAAUCCUAUAUAUCAAAGUUAACGAUAUUUUCGAUAAUAUACGUGGAUUUUAUCGUAUUUUUCUCUCGAUAUACAUUUUUAGUAAACAAAAUAUUUAUAAAUAUUUAGGAUUUUUUCCCUCCCUGUAGAUUAAAGGGUUUUUUCUUUUCAGGAUGUGGGCGUUGUAGAGCAAUUACCGUUAAGCGGAUUGUAGUUUACACCCCUGUUAUGCCAUACAAAAAAGAGCUAAGCUAAAACUAAAUGCUCAUUCUUACGCUACGUUUUCAUUUCAUUCAUUUCCAUUCCGUGAGAGCGUUAUUGUUAUGGCCUAGUACUACUACUGGCCACUAGUUUUGCGCAUUUUCACACUUGUAAAUCAAUUAAUUCUACAGCUUAUUGUUGUUACUGCUGCCAAACGGUCACUGGGCACUGGCUACUGGUUACUGGGACUAGUGCCGCCACCACCACCUGCUGGUUGGUCAUUUAGCCUAAGCGCCGGCUAAGCUCAAAAUGCUCGACUGGCCAAGGAUUGCGAAGCCUCUGCAAUGCCCAAGUCCAUGCCCAUGCCCGAUGCCUCAUGUGGGAACCAUUGUUUCCCCCCUUUUGUUGUUUUGAAAGCAAAUUGUUGGCUGUAAAUGUUGAUUGUAGUCUGGGCUUUUCUGAUUUGCUUGAGCGGCGACCGUUGAAAUGUAAUUAAUACGUGGUCCCACACACACACAGACACAGACAUUUAUUCGGGGUCAAUUGUGUGUAAAGGAGCCUCCGCAAUGCGGCUGCCUAAGGGUAAUUAUUAUGGCUAAAUAUGAAAGGAAUCGGGAACUUGAGGGUACUUUUGGGUUGGGUUUUUAAGGCAACAGGUUAGAUUUAAUACUUCCUUAAGAGAUUUCUGGAAAGAAAGAGUUCUUAAAGGAGUUUUCUUUAAUAAAAAUUCAAAUUUAUUAAGUUUUCUUUAAGAUUUAAAAAAAAUAUUUCCUUAGACAGCAGGCUUUUCACUAGAAAUCACCUUUUUAUAUUAACAAAAUCCUAAAUUAGUAGGUUUCUUACUGUCUGGGUCUAACCAUAUUUUUAAUAAUUUUUCUAUUUUGGUCUUUUUCGAAAAAAAGAAGUUUUAAGGGGGGGGUUCUUUUCUGGUAGAAUUUGUAAAAAUUUUGUUGGGUCUAAAAGAUUAAUAAUUUCAAAUUACAAAAAUGGACAAAAAAUUACUUGAAGUAUCAUCACCUGGAACCUUGAAAUUUUCCAAAACGAAAAAAACUCAAGAAAUUACGCUAACCAAUGUUUCAAAAGUAGAUGUGACUUUUAAGCUACAAAGCACAGUUUAUGGCCGCUUUAGUAUGCGUCCCCGCUGGGGUGUCCUAAAGCCAAAUGACUACACGGAUGUCCUCAUCACUAUGAGCAAGGAUGCUGAGCUCUCGAAAAAGGGACGCGACAAGAUUCUGGUCAUCUGCAUGCCGGCGCCCAUCAAUGAGGUGGACUUUGAUUUAACCGCCUCCUUUUGGCGCCACAAUAUCUGCUAUGAUCCCAAAAUGGAAAAGCAUCAGCUUACCUGCCUGGAGGAGAACGGUGACGACGAGAAAGAGUCCACGCCAGGCGAUUGUGUUGGCUGCAUCAAGGAUCCCAAGGAGGCGAAUCUGUUAAGAGCGCGCACCACUGUGGCCAAGCACUGGCGGUAGAAGGGUCAAUUAUCCACUACAAAACUGUUUGGGGGUCCCCUAAUGGCUGCAAUGACUAAGUAAUUGGCAGACCCACUCACUACCUCUGCCUCUCUUCAAUGUUGAUGAUGAGCCUUCAUUAAAAACGAACAGAGUGGCCCAAAGGAUGCUCAAGCACACAUCCUGGUCGCAUCGAGUGACUGAUAAAAAGGCGUAAACUGUUCACUCCUGGGGGCAUCCUUCUCACUGGCAAUUAGUAAGACGUUAACGAAGGCUUUUUGAACCCCCGGAUAUAUUCUCACAUCGAUUGAGAUUCUGUUUGGCGGGUCAAAAAGGACAACCAGGUUGUCUGGCAAUUAACCAAGCAACAAAUUUUGUAACCCAAAACCUUGAGCAAUUAAAGGACCAAGUAUUGUA